GUCGAGGGCCGCCUUGGUCAUCGAUUCUUUCGUCCUUCCAUCAUGUCGCGAGAAAUAGUAAACAUUCAAGUAACACAGGCAGGAAACCAAGUAGGAGAGGCCUUUUGGAGGAUGCUCUUAGCGGAGCAUGGCCUCGACGAUGCUGGGAUGUACAAAGGCAAUGACCCUCAACAAAUUGCACGAGCAGGCGUAUACUUUACGCAAGUGGACUCUAGUGGACCUACCAAGUACGUCCCGCGAAGCGUUCAGGUGGAUCUUGAAUCCGGAGUCUGCAAUCGCCUUCGUUCGGGGCCGCUGGGUCAACUAUUUCGUCCGGAUACGUACUUCACUAGCGACUCAGGGGCUGGAAAUAAUUGGGCGAAAGGAUAUUACACCGAAGGGGCCGAGCUGAUUGACGGCAUCUUGGAUAUUGUGCGAAGACAGUCCGAGGCUACAGAAGCAUUGCAAGGAUUCCAGAUAAUCCACUCACUUGGAGGUGGUACUGGCGCUGGUCUGGGUUCUUUGCUUCUGUCAAAACUGCGGGAGGAAUAUCCCGAUCGAAUGCUUUCUACGUUUUCGGUUCUUCCUGCACCCAAUGUUUCCGAGACUGUUGUUGAACCAUACAAUUCCCUUCUUUCUGUACAUCAACUGGUCGAUAAUUGCGAUCUUACUAUUUGUAUCGACAACGAGGCCUUGUAUGACAUAGCCGUCCGCACUCUUAAAAUCAAAAGUCCUGGAUACAAAGAUCUGAACCAACUCAUAGCCAAGGUCAUGUGUGGUGUUAGCACGAGUCUGAGGUUUCCUGGUCAGCUCAACGGUGAUCUUCGAAAACUUGGGAUGAAUCUUGUUCCCUUCCCUCGGCUACAUUUCCUGAUGCCGAGUUUUGCUCCAUUCUACGAUCCAAAAGCUCGGACUUUCCAGAGACUCUCUGUGCCUGAACUCACCUCGUCAUUGUUCGAUAAAAAGAACCUUCUGGUUGCUUCGGAUCCUCGAUUUGGUCGGUACCUGACUGCUGCUUGUAUCUUCCGAGGCAAGGUGUCGUCACAUGAGGCAGAGGUAUGGUGUAGUUAUUAUGAAAUAGCACUACUAACGUUUGUGCAGAAUUCGGUUAUGCAGCUGCAACGCAAGAAUUCGAAUCUCUUUGUGGAGUGGAUCCCGGACAACGUGUCCGUUUCGCUUUGCUCUGUGCCCCCCGUGGGCCAACCUCAGGCAGCGGUAGCCCUUGCGAAUUCAACAUGUAUGCAGGAACUCUUCAAGCGUAACCUUGACCAGUUUGCCCUUAUGUUCAAGCGCCGUGCGUUUUUGCACUGGUAUACUGGGGAGGGCAUGGAUGUGAUGGAGUUCACAGAGGCCGAGAGUAAUACUCAGGAUCUAAUAUCAGAAUAUCAACAGAACAGCUGGUUGAUUAUGCAUCCGCAGUAUCAGGAGGCUACAGUGGAAGAGGAAGAAGCUGACGUCGAGGGAGAGCAAUAA